UGGAAGAGGAAGUACUCCUCCAAAGAACCAGGCAUCUAUUUGACCCUCCUUUUCCAAUUGGCUCUCUACUGGCUACUUGAGAUUAGGAUUUUCCGUUUGCACUGAAUUCUGAGCCAGUGACAAAUUCUCACCGUCCUUCCUGUUUCUGGUUCAGUUCCCGCAUCUUCAUGGAGGGGAUAUCUGCGAUCUCAGAUGUGUAAAGCCCAAAGUGCUUUAUUUUGGAAGUGGAAAUAUAAAAGGGAUGCAUUGGACAUUUGUGUGGCUUAAUACGAAUGACCUUGGAAUUUAGGCCUGGAGCACCGCACUGGGUAGAUUCAGUAAAUAAGAAGGUCAUCAUUUUGCCCAUAAGUGCCAAGAUCUGGCCUGAAUAUGGAGGAUGACAAUAAUGUCAAGUUUCACCAGAAGCUUCUCUCUAUUGAUGAAAAACUGGAGCGUGAAGAUAUAGAGGCCCUUAUAUUUCUUUGUAGUGACUUGAUCUCACCUAAGAACCUCCAGCAUAUAGAGUCAGCUCAUCAAUUAUUUGAGAGGUUGAUGAAAGAAAGUUUGUUGAAUGAAGAAGAUUGUUUCCUACUGGCCGAACUCCUCUUCCUAAUUAAGCAGCAUUAUUUACUACCCAAAAUUGACUACACAAAGGAACAAGUACUUAAUGAACUUUCUACCAAAAGGAAAAUCUCUCCAUAUAGAAUCAUGCUUUACAACCUAUCUGAGGAAAUCACUAAUGAAGAGUUUAAGAAUAUAAAAUUCCUCGUUCAUAAGGAUAUCCCAAAGACAUUAACGUCCUUUUUAAGUCUUUUGAAACAUAUGGAGAAACAAGAACUUUUAAGUGAAAAUAAUCUGGACAUGCUGGUGACUAUAUGUGAGUCUGUGUCAAAAAAUCUCAUAAAAAGGAUCAACCAAUACAAACACGAGGAAAAAGAGAAAAAACUAAGUCUCACAUCAGGCACUGCCAACAGAUCAGUGGAAGCAUCUGCUGAAAAGAACAUGGAGGCAGUAAAAUAUAGAAUGGAUCAUAAAUACAGAGGUCGAUGCAUCAUUUUCAACAACUAUGAAUUUCAGACCAUGAACUACAGGGAAGGAAGUUGUAAAGAUGCAGAUGACCUGAGGAGUGUUUUUGAGUGGCUUGGGUUCACAGUGACAAUUCAUCACAAUACCACAGAAGACGAAAUGAAAGAGAUUCUGAUGCUGUGUAGAAUCGACCCAAUGCACCAAGAUAGCGACUGCUUUGUGUGCUGCGUCCUCACCCAUGGCGAGUCUGGUUGUGUGUUCUCCUCGGAUGAGAAGAGCAUAGCCAUUUAUGAGCUCACAUCCUAUUUCAUGGCCCAUGAAUGCCGAGGCCUGAUUAACAAACCCAAGCUCUUUUUCUUCCAAGCCUGUCAAGGCACGGAUAUACAAGAAGGUGUGUUUCUUCAAGCAGAUGCGAAGAAGGCCAAAAACUCACUUUCUGUCACCAAGAAUAUCCCUCAGAGGUGCAUCCCAAAGGAAGCAGAUUUCCUCCUGGGGAUGGCCACAGUUGAUGGUUGUUCUGCUAUUCGACAUAGAGUCAGAGGUUCCUGGUAUAUUCAAGCCCUCUGUCAUCAGCUGAAACGCUUGGUACCAAGACAGGAAGACAUCUUAACCAUCCUAACAGUAGUCAAUAAUGAUGUGAGCCAACAGGGUGAUCUGAAGGGAACAAUGAAACAGAUCCCCCAGCCUGCUUUUACACUCCUGAAAAAAGUGAUAUUCCCAGUGCCACCUGAUGACCCUCCACCAGCAGAAGAGAAUUUCUUAUAGAAUGAUAAAAUCUCAAGCAAGGAAGUAACUCAGUUCACCCUCAGAAGUCCAGCCCAUGAGGAAUCUUCUCUACAAUAUGAUGGCAGAUGGUCAACUCUACUUGAAGUGAAGGCUUCUGUUUAUCAGAGCCUCAUGAAUUAAUUGUUAUUUGAAGUUUUUAUGACCCCAUCUUUUGGCCAGUGGGGCACUUGCGGUGAAUUGGAUUUAAGAGAGGAGGGCUGGGCAAAAUCACCAGCCUC